AUUCCUGAUAUAAGUUGUAGGAGAUUUGUGAUGCGAGUCAUUCAUUCAGUGAAAGAAAGCUCAUAGUCCCACUACUCUACUUGCAGUGCUACUACAAUACAAUCAUGGCAAAUGAUGGUACAGUGUCUGAAACAAAGUGUACCCAUGACGUAUUCCUUAGUUUUAGGAGAGAUGAUACCCAUCACACUUUUACUUGUAAACUCUAUGAUUCUUUGUGCCGGAAGGGAAUUAUCACCUUCAUGGACAAUGAGGAGCUCAAAGUUGGAGAUCAAAUUGGUCAUAAGCUUCUAAAAGCCAUUGAAGAAUCAAGGAUCUCGAUUGUUGUUUUGUCUGAAAAUUAUGCAGCCUCUUCAUGGUGCCUUGAUGAACUUGUGAAGAUCCACGAGUGUAUGAAGGCAAAAAACCUGCUCGUUUGGCCCAUCUUCUACAAAGUGGAUCCCUCAGAUGUGAGGCACCAGAAUGGAAGUUAUGGUGAGGCCAUGACUGAGCAUGAAACACGGUUUGGGAAAGACUCAGAGAAGGUGCACAAAUGGAGGUUAACCUUGACUGACAUGACCAACUUGAAAGGAGAACAUGUGCAAGAAGGGAGGGACGAAUCCAAGUUUAUCGAUGAUCUUGUUAGCAGGAUUUUCAUUAAGGUGUCUCCUAAAGAUUUAUCUAGGAAUGAGCAUAUAGUUGGAUGGGAGUAUCGAGUUGAAGAAUUAAAGUCACUUCUAGAACUUGAGUCUCAUAAUAUCACUAAUUGUCUGCUAGGGAUUCAUGGAACCGGUGGAAUUGGCAAAACCACACUUGUCAAAGCUUUGUAUGACUCCAUUUACAAACAAUUUCAGGGUUCGUGUUUUCUCUCCAACUUUAGAGAAAAUUCAAGUCAAAUUCAGGGCAUAAAACAUCUGCAAGAAGGGCAUCUAUCAGAGAUACUUGAGGGAAGCAAAAUCCUGUUGAAAAAUAUUGAAAAAGGAAUAGGAACAAUAACAAGUAGACUUCGUCUCAAAAGAGUUGUUAUAGUUGUCGAUGAUGUUGAUGACAUUGAAGAGUUAAAAAAGUUGGCUGAGGAACUUGAUCGGUUUGGUCCUGGGAGCAGGAUCAUCAUAACAACGAGAAAUAAAUAUUUGCUAGAUGUUGGUCAGGUCGAAAAAAAAUAUGAAGUGAAGAUGCUAAACGACCAAGAGUCUUUGGAGCUCUUUUGCCAGAGUGCCUUUAGAAAGAGUUGUCCUGAAACAAACUAUGAAGACCUGUCCAAUCGUGCAAUAAGGUGUUGCAAAGGCCUUCCAUUGGCCUUAAAAGUACUAGGUUCUCAUAUGGUUGGAAAAGAUUUGGGUGGAUGGAAGGAUGCAUUGGAUAGAUAUGGAAAGAGUCAACAUGAAGGUGUUCAAAAAGUUCUAAGAAUAAGCUAUGAUAGCUUGCCCUUCAAUGAGAAGAAUAUUUUUCUUGACAUUGCAUGCUUCUUCAACGGAUGGAAAUUGGAAUAUGUAAAAAGUGUACUGGAUGCAUGUGACUUCAGCUCAGGUGAUGGUAUUACAACAUUAGUUAAUAAAUCACUUUUAACUGUUGACAACGAGUGCUUGGGGAUGCAUGACCUAAUACAAGAAAUGGGUAGAGAGAUUGUUAAGGAGGAAGCAGGUGAUGUAGUUGGUGAAUGCAGCAGAUUAUGGCAUCAUGAAGAUGUUUUUCAAGUACUAGUUAAUGAUACUGGAAGUAGCAAAAUUCAGGGAAUAAUGCUUGAUCCCCCUCUAAGAGAAGAAAUUGAAUGUACUGAUAUUGUAUUUAAGAAGAUGAAGAAUCUUAGGAUUCUCAUUGUUCGCCAAACAAUAUUUUCAUGUGAGCCUUGUUAUCUCCCAAAUAACUUAAGGGUACUAGAAUGGACAGAGUACCCUUCACAGUCUUUCCCGUCAGAUUUUUAUCCCAGUAAACUUGUGAGGUUCAAUUUAUCUGGAAGCAAUCUACUCGUACUGGAAAAUCCAUUUCAGAGAUUUGAGCAUUUGACUUACAUGGAAAUCUCCCAUUGUCGUACGGUUGUUGAAUUUCCUGAUGUCUCUCGGGCCAAGAAUUUAAGAGAAUUAAGACUUGAUAGAUGCCAGAAACUGGUUAGCAUUCAUAAAUCAGUUGGACGUCUUGCUAACCUUGUUUUUCUAAGUGCUACACACUGCAAUCAACUCCAAAGUUUUGUUCCAACAAUCUAUUUGCCAUCUCUCGAAUACCUUUCCUUUGGCUAUUGCUCAAGACUCGCACACUUCCCAGAGAUUGAGAGAACAAUGGAUAAGCCAUUAAGGAUUCAAAUGUUAUAUACAGCUAUCCAGGAGCUUCCAGAAUCCAUUAAGAAACUUACUGGGCUUAACUAUCUUCACAUUGAAGGUUGUAAGGGACUCCAACAUUUACCAAGUAGCUUAUUUGUGUUGCCAAAUUUUGUCACAUUAAGAAUUGGAGGUUGUUAUCUACUUCGAGAGUCAUUUAGAAGGUUCGAAGGAAGCCAUUCAGCUUGCCCAAAACUAGAGACAUUACACUUCGGUAUGGCUGAUCUAUCAGACGAAGAUAUUCACGCGAUUAUUUACAAUUUUCCAAACUUGAAACACUUAGAUGUAUCGUUCAACCAUUUUGUGUCUCUCCCAGCACACAUUAAACAAUCUACUAAGUUGACAAGUCUUAACGUGAGUUAUUGUGAUAAGCUUCAAGAAAUUCCAGAACUUCCAUCAACUGUUCAGAAAGUAUAUGCAAGCGAAUGCAAAUCCUUAACUCCCGAAACAUCAAACAUCUUAUGGUCUCAGGUGCGUAAAGAGAUUAGGGGAUUAGAAGUGAGGAUGCCGAAAAGGGAGAUUCCAGAAUGGUUCGACUAUGUUAAUGAGGGAGGGUAUCCAGUUUUCAAGGCUCGUGGGAAGUUCCCUGCAGUUGCUUUAGCGUUUGUAUUCGGGGACGUGAAGGCCCUUCCUUUCCUCUCGUCGAUGGGAGUUCACUUGCACUUGUUCAUUGAGGGUGAACACAGACUGUGCGAUAGAUUCAUAGUGGUCAAGAAUCAAGCGUUGUUGUGUGACAUACGAGUUUUGUUCAGUUUCGAGAAGUGGGAGGAUGUAGGUGUUGGAAUUGGUAAUGAUUGGAAGACCAUACAGGUUUUCUGUGAAACAGGCUGCAACUCUCUACGUUCAUGGGGAGUUUAUGUGUACAGGCAUGAGACUAACAUGGAGGAUAUCCAAUUCUUGAGUCAACAUUCUAUUUCCUCUUUGGUGAGGAGUCUUCACGAAGAACGUAAGAAAUCAGACCAAAGUUUGAAAGGGCGAGAGAUGUUUCAUUUGCAAAUGAGAAAUAAUGAAGAGAUGUUUUAUUGCAUGCAUAAGCAAAGAAGGCGAGAGUUGCUGCUAAUCUCAGAAAAAACAUCAAGGAGGGCUAUGGCUCCAAGAGAGGGGGAAGGUAGUUCAGGGUUGAACAUCGAUGACAAGGAGGACAAGGAGGCUGAUUCAAUGUUGGAGUUGUUAGCAGAGAUUACAAGUGAUGAUGGAGAAGAGACUCAAGAAGCUGGUCCUUCAAGCGAACAACGAUAUGAAGGACUUCUGGAUGAACAUUCAAGAUCAGCAUGCAGGUCUGGAAAAAAGCUCAGAAGAUGUUGAGGAUGCUUAUGAUUUAAAUCUUAACAUUCCUCAACCUGACACUCACACUGCUGACCCCACUUGCUUAGCAAUAUUGUCAAUUUUAAAGAAAUUGCUCUGCUUCUGCCUAUUCUCACUUUUUGUCAAGUUCCCUCUCUAAGAUAUGUUAUCUGCUUCGCUACCUAUUCAGUUACCACAUCAUCUGUUACUUUAGUGAAAAUAUAAACCUAUAGAUGUCAUCAA